AUGUCAUUUAACCCUGGAACCGUCGUUGCCAGGACGGGAAUUUGGGGGGAUUUAUCUUCAAGAUAUCUUAAAAAGUGUGGCUGCAUCAAGGAAAGGGCCAGUCACUACGGCCAGAUCCUUCGCGCUUUUCCUAGCUUCAAAGAAGGCCACCCUAUCCUUCUACACUUCGAUGACCACUGGGAUACCAUAGUCUGGUUCUGGGCUGUCCUACUCGCCAACGGCCUACCGGUACUCUCUCCUCCUUUCAGCGUUGUUGAGGAUCAUCGGCUUCAGCAUAUUCGGGGGCUAUCAAAUCUUCUUCAAUUGCCAAUAUGCAUUACCAGGAAUAACUUGCUUAGCCUAUUUGAUGGAACGCAAAACUUGCUGCAGCUGCACACAAUUGAGUCACUCUAUUAUAACGGACCUCCAUCAGGCCACAAUGGGCCAAAACAUGGUCCAGGAAGCUCAGCGGACCAUCCUAACUAUAAAGAAGGCAAACCCCUAGCAAUGUUGAUGUUGACCUCAGGAAGUACUGGGAAUGCAAAGGCUGUAUGCUUGAGCCACAAACAAGUCGUCGCAGCCAUCUCUGGAAAAGCAUCAGUACGCCAACUACGUCAGGAUGGGCCAUUUAUGAACUGGAUUGGCCUUGAUCACGUUGCAAGUCUCGUCGAGAUCCACAUUCAGGCUUUGUGGCUCGGUGUUGACCAGGUUCAUGUUAACGCAGUUGACAUAGUCUCGUCUCCGGAUGUCUUUCUGGACCUCCUAAGCCGACACCGUGUCUAUCGCACAUUUGCACCGAAUUUCUUUCUUGGGCGAUUGGUAUCAACAAUGAAACAGGAAUAUAAUCAUCAACGAGAGGGUAACUCCUGGGAUUUAUCAAAUCUACAUGUUGUCGCUUCUGGAGGUGAAGCUAACGAUGUUACAACCUGCGUGGCUGCAUCUGCCAUACUUCAAAAAUAUGGAGCACGCCCCGAUGCCAUCACACCAGGAUUUGGUAUGACGGAGACCUGCGCGGGAGCAAUCUUUAAUCUUGCAUGUCCAUCCUACGAUGUUGAAUGCGGCUAUGCUGUAGCCUCUCUAGGCAAGUGCAUGAAAGGCAUUGAAAUGCGUGUUGUCGUUGACUCGAGAUUGGCAGCCAUGAAUGAGCCUGGAGACUUGGAGGUACGCGGUGACGUGGUGUUUGGUGGUUAUUAUCGGAACCCCGAGGCCACCGAGGAUGCCUUCCCUUUGCGAGACGGAUGGUUCCGUACCGGAGAUCAAGGCCGCAUUGACGCGAAUGGCAAUUUAUGCCUUAUCGGAAGAAAGAAAGAUAUAAUCAACAUCAACGGUAUCAAGAUUGUUAUAGCAGACGUCGGGUCGCUAUUAGAACGUGCCAUCAGCGAUAAGGUAAAUCGCUUCGUGGUGUUUCCCUCAAGAGCUGAACAUACCGAACAGGUUACCAUUUGUUAUACCCCUAGAGAAUGGCCGCAUACCGCAGAGGAAAUGGUCGAAAUCGGUGAGCUGGCUGCGCGGGUAUGCAUUUCCAGUGCCUUUGCGCCCCCUUUAAUCUUUUCCUUAAGGGAGUCGUCAUUAUCACUAUUACCUGUAUCGUCGCUGGGGAAGAUAUCGUCCUCCAAGAUGAGCUCUUUAUUUGAGACGGGUGUGUUUAGCGAGGACAUUGCUCUUCAUAGACAGAAGCUUGAUGAGUAUAGGAAAGAAAGCCAACAAAGAACGUUGCUGACUGUUGCAACUGAAGCGGAAGCUCUUCUUAUUGAUGAUUUCGCGAAUACACUCGGUAUCAAUAUUGACACGAUAGGGCCUGAAACACAGUUUUUUGAGCUGGGCUUUACGUCAUUGGAUCUCAUCCGCUUGAAGCGCCGUCUUGACACCCGCCUAGGAAUUACAUUGCCCAUCAUCACACUCAUGAAUAACCCAACAGCUCGAUCACUAGCUGCGGCUCUAAAUUCCGGGUGGCCCGGAGACUCUCCCGACGAGCUAGAGAAAAACGUGGUAGAUUAUGAACCUGUGGUAACACUGAAAUCUGGUGGUAAGAAGCCACCACUCUGGCUUUUUCACCCUGGUGUGGGUGAGGUGCUAGUGUUCAUCGGUCUGGCACAACAUCUUGCUGAUGACGAGCGGCCCAUUUAUGCCCUCCGCGCAAGAGGCUUUGAGCGAGGGCAGUCACAAUUUACGUCAAUUACUGAGGCUGUGAAUAUCUACACUCAAGCCAUUCGACAGCGCCAGCAACAGGGACCCUAUGCGCUGGCUGGCUAUAGUUAUGGCGCCAUGCUUGCCUUUGAGACAGCCAAGCAACUAAAUUACACGGAGACCGGCACAAGUGGGAGCUCAGUACGCUUCCUAGGUAGCUUCAACUUACCACCACACAUCAAAUGGCGCAUGCGCCAGCUGCACUGGAACAUGUGUCUUCUACACCUAACACAAUUCCUCGGACUGACGACUGAGGAAGAUGUUGAGAAGAUGGAGCAGAACUCUAAGUUCUCCGAGGCGUCUAGGAGUGACGCCCUGGAACAGAUUAUCCACAACGCAGAUCACCAUCGGAUGGAGGAGCUGGAUCUGGAAAAUGCAGAACUGGCCCGUUGGGCUGAUGUCGCUUACGGCCUGCAGAGCAUGGCAAUUGAAUACGAACCAAGUGGGCAGAUCGACAGCAUUGACGUUUUCCACGCAAUUCCUCUCAAACGAGCUGCCCCAUCAAGAGAGAAGUGGAUAACAGAGCAUUUGAUCAAGUGGAGAGAUUUUUCUCAGACGGAGCCUAGGAUCCAUGCAGUCGGAGCAAAUAUCAUGAGAAACAUGCAUAUUGCCCUGUACUCCAGGCUUCAACGCAUCAUCCCUGGUUCAUCCGAAGCCCCCAUGUCCUUCUUGUGCCUGUUCUACAAGGGAUUGUACAUGACAGGAGACGUUGGUUGA